AUGUCUGAAACUAAUUUACCAAAGGAAGAGGUUUCCCAAGUGGAACAUAAUGCACACAUUCAAACUGUAAAGAAAAUCCAGGCCUUAGUAUUGGAUGCUGGUCCACUUAUCACACAAUCUGCUUCAGCUUUGCAGCAACAUGCCAACAGUUUUUAUACUACUCCAGGUGUAUAUAGUGAACUUAAGGAUGAAGCUGUUAGACAACAACUUUUGAUUUGGAACGAUACUUUAAAGAUCAAGCAUCCAAAACAAUCUUCCAUUAAAAGAGUCACUGAUUUUGCAAAACUUACUGGUGACUACGCGGUAUUAUCUACCAAUGAUUUACAUAUCAUUGCCUUGGCAUACGAAUUAGAAUGUGAAAUGAACAAUGGUGAUUGGAGAUUGAGAAAGUUCCCGGGUCAAAAAUUGGAAUUUAAGAAGAAGAGCGCACCAAUUGUAGAAGAGGGUAAAGAAUCCCCAAUUUCCACAGAAGAAUCUACUGUUCAAGAACCUGUUGAACUUCCAACUGUAGAAUCCGUAACAAAGGCAAAGAAACCACGUCGUAGAGGUGGUAAGAAGCAAAGAGAAAAGAGAGAAGCACAACUUCAAAAAGAACUUGAAGAAGCUGAGGCUGAAGUUGAAGCCGAAGCUGAAGUUGAAACCCAAUCGAAUGAAGUUCUUGUUGAAUCAAAAUCGGAUGAAGCUCAACCAGAAACUAGCGAAGAAGUCUCCGAAGACCUUGAAGGUGCCUACGAUGAGUCUGAUGAUGAUGGAGACUGGAUUACUCCAGAAAACCUUCAAGAAGAAAUCCUUAAGGAUGACAACGAACAAAUUCUGGAAUCUAAAUCUGCUAAAGCUGGACCUUUGAUUAAGGUUGCAAUUUCCACCGGGGAUUUUGCCUGUCAAAAUGUUUCGAUGCAACUUGGUCUUAACCUUAUGAACUCAAUGUCCGGUAAACAAAUCAAGAGAGUACGUAACUAUAUGUACCGUUGUCAUGCCUGUUUCAGACUCACCGCCAUUCCAAAGAAUGGUCAACCUAAGCAUUUCUGUCCAUUCUGUGGAGGUGCCACCUUGUUGAGGUGUGCCGUAUCUGUGGACACCCUUACUGGUAAAAUUACUCCACAUUUGAAGGCUAACUUCCAAUGGUUUAAGAGAGGUGACAAGUUUUCUAUCCCAUCUCCACUUUCUAAAAACCAACAAAAGCUUCAAGGUAACGGAGGGUUCCAACACAAUAAGCAAAACCGUAGUAAGGGUUUACAAAAUGCUAUUCUUUUGAGAGAAGAUCAAAAGGAAUAUCAACAAGCGCUUAAGGAUGAUGAAUGGCAAAGAAGACAAAACGAUAAGAUGCUUCAAGAAUGGAUCGGAGGUGGUAGUGCCGAUAACUACGUUUCUCCUUUCAGUACCCUUCAAAACAUCAGACCAUCUGGUGUCCGGGUUGGAAAGGGUAGAUUUGUAAAUGCAUCAAAGAAGAGAAAGUAG